GGAUCUCCUUGCUGUCAUAUUCAUGCAAAAACACCGCCUGCAGCCCAUGCGAGUCUGAAGACGGAACUAAAACAGUGCAUGCCGACCCUGUUCGAUAGGUAAUACAUGCCAGAGGUUUGACAGUGGCGGACAUAAAAUACCUACCGAGUUAGAUAAGAAAAGAAAAGAGGAGCUGAAGUUGGGACGAUAUGGAUUCGAAUUCGGUUUCCGAAGCAGUUGCAGCUUCUAAUACUAAUACUAAUCCUAACAGUAAGGGCAAUGGGAAAGUUAUAGGUGCAACGGACCCAUCCGAAUCCCUUUCGUCUUCCACUACCAAAACCACGUCUGCGCCCGGGACCAUCACCGCUACAACAAAUCAAACUAAUCACACUAACCCAACUCACAAAUCAACAACAACCUCUUCACCGUCUAAUAAGCACCCUACUAUCCUCCACGCACACCGACAAAGUCACAACUCUUCCAAACUCCCCGCCUUUCGCUUCGCCGAUCUGAAGAAAGACCCCAUCGCCUUGCCUUCGCUUCUGCAAAACCAUCAGAUUCCACCCUCGCCUGUCUCACCUAUUUCGGAUCCUCACGCCCAAACACAGCCAAACACAUCGAGAGAAAUAUCCCCACAACCAGAGCCAGCGCAUCAGAGUCAGCAUAAAAUUAAUCGCGACAAUAAUAGCCCUGUCUCACAAGAACAAUUGAGAACAGAAAACCUGAGUCCAAGGUCUCGGGCAUCCACAUUUCAAUCCCCCCGCGUCCUAUCGACCGCCACAUCGACAUCAUCUGCCAAUGCAAAACGCUCAACUUCUCUAGACUCGACCACCGCUUCCGCCUCCGCCAUUGGAAAAAUUAACAAGUCUGCGCCUAUCAGAGCUAGCGUCGCGUCGCCCACGGAUUCAAUUGACACUGUUGCCACAACACGACCCCGACACAGACGCGCGCCUUUGUCGGGUAAUUCGGCUAGUGAGGCGUCAUCUGGCCAUCGAAUGCACGCGUCCGACGAUAGUCGAGGUGCGUCAUCAGGAGAAGAAAUAAGUAGGGAGUUGGCGCACGGGCAGCGGGAACUUCUAUUACCAAAAACCAUUCAGAGAACGGCGGCCGAUGACAGAAGGAACUCCGUGGCACGACGACCACCGGUAUCUUACAAACCACCCGUGAGCUCUAACGCUUCGGGCGUCACGGCAUCUAUCCCGCCCAUUCGAUCAUUUCGGUCCUCCGGCGAGCGGCGCCGGAGUCUAGUACUCGACAUGAACGCCCGCUCGAUGCGUGGUUAUGAAGGGGGCGAAGAUUAUGGCGAUUCAAAUCACCGCGACAGAACUUUGCGCGCAUUAGAGGGGAGACGUUUCGACGAUGCCUCGCAGAUAACACCACCCGAUUCAGCGGGUGAUCGUCCGGACGGCGACGAUAGCGGCGAUCUAUUUCUUAAAAUCGCGCGAGAGGACACAUUACGCCGCAAUGCUGACAAUAAUGGAAACUAUGGAGACAGCCAAAGCGCCAUCUCUCGAGUAACACGAACUAGUCGACGACCUCUCUCCGUAGGCGUCUCCUCAUAUCAGCCCUCUUCACCUCCCCAAGUAGUUCGUCGCAUGUCAGAUCAGGAGAGUUCCAGAUCUCGAGGCUAUAGUGAGGAUCAGUCAGGAGAAAGAGUCGCCCGUAGUCUAACUUACAGAGGCAUAUCUAGAGAUAAGCAGACCGACGAGAUGAAACUCAAAAGCGCCAGCACCACUCCUCUUCGCAACUCUCCGUUGACUCCUCGGUCAAUGGUCUUUCAAGAUGGCCUGUCUUCUGACCAAGGGUCUGCUUCCACUCGGAGAAGACAGGCCUCGGUCGACAACGGCACUCCUCUACCAUCUCGUAUGUCAUCGUUGAAACAGGGUAGCGUUAACUACAGCCACCCUCGUACCUACAACUCUUCGCCAUUAGUGCCCAAACCUACAGAAUACCAGAAACACGAUCCCCAAGUGGAUGAUGCGAAUCACGGCGUCGAGGGAACAAAUUCGACGGCUUCCACCGCCGCACCUUCAACUGUAUGGGAUGAACUCGAUGACCUUAAAUCUCGCAUCCAUCGCCUUGAGCUAACUGGUAAGCUUCCUCCGACCUCUGGCGCAGCUAUAUCACGAGCAUCCGAAGAACGGCCACCGACCGCCCACACAAACGCGACGACCCUCUCGGCUUCUCCAAAGCGUGGCUCGGGGAGUGCCGUACAGCCACCAGAUACAAACAACAUGUCGAAAGAUGGUCACCCGCUGCUACAUUCUGCCCUUACCAAAUCCAAGCAAUUCCUUAGUGUGGAAGUUUUUGAGGCUUUGGAGACUGCUGCCAACGAUGCGCUGGCACUUUCCACGAUGAUGGGAACUCCUGGUCAGCCGGGACCUAUCUCGAGCGGUGCAAGCAGCAUUGGCAACGGUGGCAGCGGUGCUACCAUUACGGACCGUCAACUCAGACGAAAAGCAGAUAGUAUCUGUCGCAGUCUUACUGAAUUAUGCCUGGCCCUCAGUGAAGGGGCAGCGCAGAUCAAACCUCAACCUCAACAAGUUCCGCCGACGGUUCCGGAAGAUGUCACGAUUACGAGCCCCAAAUUCACCGAACCAAUGACAAAGUUUCCGGGAGUAGCUACCCAGAGGCGACCGAGCGCCGCUGAACGUAGCCUCGCAUCGAUGCACAGCAGCCCGAGAGCCCUGUCUCGUUUCGAGGAUAGGCGGAUGAACACGAUAGUGACUAGUGCGCUGCCCGCUCCGCGAUAUAGUACCACGGUUCCCGCUACUCCUACCGAUGAUAUGGUGCCUGCAGCAGGCCGGAAGACCGCGAUGCUAAUAUCUCGUUCGCGUCGAGCCGGAACAGAGGAACCGGAAGAAGGGCGCAAGUCCUCGCUACUACGAACUCGCCGCGCUACUACGGAAGAGCCAGAAGAUCUCUCCGACCGGAAGCCUUUAUUAAUCCGAGCCCGCCGAGGAACAAUAAACAACGAUGACGAUGAAAGUCGCUUCCGUGCUCCCUCGCGUGCUACUACUGAAGUCCAGGGGACUAGAUCCGGACCCCGUGAAUACACUUCGCAACUCCCUCCACCUCCUUUGAAAGAAUCCGAGCCUUUGGCGUCUUCGGCUCUUCCUAGAAGACGUCUUGGGUCAUCGGCACUCAACACUAGAUUGGUGAUUCCAGCAACAUCAUCAUCAAACAUCGGUACACCGCAACGGCGGUAUUUUGACCGAUCGACACCGGAUCGUGAAAUGGCGUACAAUAUAGGAGACAGAAUUGUCGAAGAUCGGCCUCAGCGACAAUAUUCCGCAAUGUCACGCGCCGGAAGUCUGGACAAACGAGCCAACCGUGGAAGUAUGAUUGCCACGAGCUCUCCCGCAACAGGCGGUUACCGAUAAUGCUAUAACGACUAUGAUAUGCUCAUGACAAUGUAACAAUAGAAAGUCAUUUGGGCCAAGGCAAACCCCAUCAGCAUGAACUCUGCAUAGUUAGACGGUUUUUAUUUGUCUGUUUUUGGU